AUUCUGGGCAGUGGCAUGGAAGACUCGGGGUUCGCGUGGUGUCUUUGCUUUUUUCCCUCUCUCUUAACAAGGAGUUUAUACCAAGUCGCCUUCUAGUGAUUUCAUGGACGCAGAAUUGUACAGGAAGAAUUGUUUUCUUGGAAGUUAUGGAAGAAGUUUGAGAUUUUGGGAUGUAACCCUGAUUUUGUUUCAACAGUGGAAAGCAGAAUAGCCAACAGGUGAAUAUCUGGUACAGUUUGGUGAUGUUUAUUGGAAUUCUUGGUUCUCAGUUUCCAAAAAUUGUAAAGGGGUAUGUGCUGAAUUUUCAUACAUUUAAAACCAUUUAAGGCUUAACAAGCUGACUAACCAUAGAAAAGUAAGGAAAAUGGUGAGAAAUCUGGAGUCAAACCUUAUGAGGCAAGAGUGAAGGUGAAUCUUGAAGUUUCAUGUCUUUUACGUGAUGAGAGACGGGUGCCCCGGCACUGUUUUUCCCUCUUCCUGGUGUGGCUUGGCAGACGUCCCUUGGGAGAACAUUGAAAAUCGUCCACUUAAUCCUGCAAGAAGCAGAAAUGAACUUUGGACCUUGGCCAGGUUACAGGAAGAAAGAUCAGAAGCCAGGACUCUGGGUACCACCUGCCUUACUGACCCUGCCAACACUGGCUCCAUUCUUCUUCCUUUUACUAACAGCUGGCAGCACUGGGGCUGCACCGAUGACCAUUCCAGAGGUACGGCUAGUCAACGGACGCACCCGGUGCCAGGGACGGGUGGAGAUCUUCUACAACAAUACCUGGGGCACAGUGUGUGACGAUGACUGGGACAUUGUGGAUGCCAACGUGGUGUGCCGCCAACUCGGUUGUAACCAUGCCAUCGCCAUGCCACCCGCCCUCUCUUUUGGCAGAGGGCGAGGACCCAUUUUUCUAGACAAUGUGGACUGCAAAGGCAGAGAGGCAGCCCUCAGUGAGUGCAGCAGCCAUGGAUGGGGCAUCCACAACUGCUACCACUAUGAAGAUGUGGCCGUCAUGUGUAAUGAACUGCUACCCACACAAUCAGCAAAAGACCCUGCCAGCAAAACAACCGCAGUCGCAUUAAAAGAUAAGAAAAGUGAUGGGAGAAUCCGGCUGGUUAAUGGGGCUAACGCCUGCCAAGGCCGAGUGGAGAUAUUCUACAAAGGAAACUGGGGCACUGUGUGUGAUGAUGAAUGGGAGCUGCGUGAUGCCAACGUCGUAUGCAAGCAGAUGGACUGUGGUCGUGCGGUGGCCUACAGGACCAACUCCUACUUCGGCUACGGCACUGGGCGCAUCCUCCUAGAUAAUGUGAAUUGCGAUGGAAAUGAGCCACAACUCUCAGCCUGUUUUAGCCUCGGUUGGGGCAUCCAUAACUGUGGUCACCAUGAGGAUGCUGGGGUCAUCUGCUCUGGGCUAGGGACAACCACCACCAUUGUGCCAAUCUCUACAUUAGUGGUAGAGAACUCUAAAGAAUCAUUUACCGACACAGUCGCAGUUACCGAGGAUAAAAUCCCGUCCACCUCUGAAACUGAGAUGGCGAUGACUUCAGCCCUUCUUCUGUUGGAAAAAAGAACAGGUGGCGGCAUACGCCUGGCGAAUGGGAACAGCAGCUGCCAAGGUCGAGUGGAAGUCCUUUAUGGGGACCUCUGGGGGACCGUUUGUGACGAUGACUGGGAUUACCCCAACGCUCAGGUAGUAUGCCGCCAACUGGGCUGUGGCGCAGCCAUUGGGGCUACUGUGCUGGGCUACUUUGGCUAUGGCAGUGGGCCCAUCCUUCUGGACAACGUGGAUUGCAUUGGCACAGAGACUGAUCUGACCGUCUGCUUUAACCUGGGAUGGGGACAGCAUAAUUGCGGACAUCACGAAGAUGCUGGCGUCAUCUGCAGAGGUGCAGAAGAAUCGGGAGUUUCCUUGCAAGAAGAUACUUUUGCUACCACAACCUCAACCACUACUCGCCCCAAAGAUGGUUUUCUGCGGCUGAUCAAUGGCAGCCAUCGCUGUGAAGGCCGGGUGGAGAUGUUUUACCUGUCUCAGUGGGGGACGGUGUGUGACGAUGCGUGGGAUCUCAAGGACGUGAAAGUGGUAUGCCGGCAGCUUGGCUGUGGAGAUGCCUUAGCAGCCUUUGGAGAAGCCCAGUACGGUCAGGGCAAAGGAUACAUUUUCCUGGACAACCUCAAGUGCAAAGGAGAUGAAAUGUCUCUCCUGCGUUGCUCUCAUAUCCGCUGGAAUGUGCACAACUGCGAUCACUCGGAAGACGCUGGUGCCCUCUGCCAUCUGCUGUGAUGCUAAGAGAGACAGUUAAAUGAAAUUCGUAGACUUCCAGGUCUGUACCAACUUUAAGAAACUGAACUUUCUCAGUGCGUGUCCAAAGUCUUCAUACCGGAAUGGCGUCUUCUCAGUGAUUUUUGUCCAUGUGAUCUCCUGCAGAUACAUCUCUAUACCUUGGCUCUGCAUCACUUCAUAUUUGAUUCCAAAAAGUUGCCUCAGAGGAUACAGAAGUACAGAUAUAGCAUUUGCCUGCAGCACUUUAAAGCACCCAUGUGUUUUCCUGGAAUUGCAUGGCUAUCCCUUGUGCCUACCAUGUGACCCUGGAAAAAAGAUAUAGCUACUUUAAAAAGGUCACAGACAAAUGCUAUGUUCUCAUUCCUUCAUACCCCAAAGCAUCAUUUUCAAGUUAAUUCUGAAGUAUGACCAUCUCAGUGUGCAGUUAGCUUAUGAACCAGAUACAGCGUAUUUUUUCAGAGCAAGUCCCCACAAAAGACACUUUGAACAGAUCCAGGACAGAUCUCCAGAAAUCUUUUAUCCCAGCAUAUAAUGCAUUUUCUACUCUGUCAUUUUGAUAUAGGUUUUUUCCCCCUGAAUCUAGGGUUUCUUCUUUUGGUGUACUGGUUUUUAUGGUGGCUCCUCAGGACAAAUGCGUCUUCUUCGUGCUUCUGGACAAAAAUAUGUUUCAGGUGUGCAAAAUUUAGCUUUUUAGUAUGGAUGGUUUGUGCUUCAUGGAUAGAUGGAAGGGUCAGAGUGAGCUGGCAUCUGGAGCUGGGAAAAUGGCAUAUUCUCAGAAUGGAACAGAAUGCCGAGUGAAGCUGGAAGAAAGGAGCCAGGCACAUAGAGCAGCAAAAUAUUCAACACCUAUCUUUCCAGGUAGAGGGGGGAAUGGUUGAGUUUUUUAAAAAAGACAUUUUGGAUGUGGAGGAAUGAAUGAUCAAAUGUGUAUAAAAAUGUUAAACAGUUUUUAAACUUUGUUAGAGUGCACAGCUGCAGCCCAAUAUACCCAGAAACCAGAA